CCUCCAAGAAUUCCCCCCACUCCUAAGGAAGCUGCUGCAAUCGCGAGAUAGUUUUCCUUACUUCCGAGCGGGCAAGUAACCUGUUGAAUUUAAUCGCUUAGCAACCACCAGAGAACAUAAACCUCUCCACUCCCGGAGCAACUCUCGCACGUUCGAUCGAUCGAAAAAGAAUAGUAAAAAAAAAAACUCCCCGUCGUGAUUCACAGAAAAUGGCCUCGGGAAAGAUUCUCAUCUAUGGUGGCCGCGGUGCUCUUGGUGCUUCGUGCGUGCAGUUUUUCAAAAAGAACAACUGGUGGGUGGGUUCGAUCGAUCUGACGGAAAACGAUGCGGCCGACGCCAACAUUGUGGUGGACCGUGAUGCGGAUUGGGUGGCGCAGGAAGCGGCCGUACUGUCCAAGGUCGGCACCGAGCUGAAGGGCGAAUCGCUCGACGCCAUUAUCUGUGUUGCUGGCGGUUGGGCUGGUGGCAACGCGAAAAAGGAUCUCGCCAAGAACUCCGACCUGAUGUGGAAGCAGUCGGUGUGGUCGUCAGCCAUCUCGGCUACGGUCGGUGCGAACCAUCUGAAGCCGGGCGGUUUGCUUGUGCUGACGGGUGCCAAUCCCGCCCUGGAGGGUACGCCCGGAAUGAUUGGCUACGGUAUGGCGAAGGCAGCCGUGCAUCAGCUGACAAAAAGUUUGGCCGGUGAAAAAUCGGGUUUGCCGGAUAACUCACUCGUUGUGUCCAUCCUUCCGGUGACGCUCGAUACGCCGAUGAACCGCAAGUGGAUGCCGGAUGCGGAUACGUCUACCUGGACGCCGCUCGAAUUCCUUGUCGAGUUGUUCCACAAGUGGUCCAAAGGAGAGGAACGUCCCGCCAACGGUAGCCUGGUGAAGCUGAUUACCAAAGACUCCAAAACCGAGCUGGUAAUCGUCUAAGCGCCCUUCCCGGCUGAAACAAACCCCCCCAAGCCAUUCCAUGUCCUUUCGAAUCUCAACCGGUAUGCUCUUUUUCUUCUUUCUCUCUAUCUUCAUUCCAUGACACGGGCGCUUGCACAAACAAACAAAAAAAUCAUUCCAGAAAUCGUAAGCAAAUGUAGCCACAACUGUUGUUUAAUUGUUAAAAGUGGAGCAUGCAUCGGAUUCGUUGAUCGAAACAAACAUUCAGUGAAAGUAAAGUGUAAAAUAUUGUUGCUGCUUGAAAAUAUAGAACAUGAAACAUGA